GAGGCGGCGCGGGAAGCCGAUGACUUCAAGCCUGCAUCUAUUGAUACAUCCUCUGAAGGAGACCUUGAAGUUGGCAAAGGUGAACAGGUGACAAUAACGCUGCCAAACAUUGAGGGUUCAACUCCACCAGUAACAGUUUUCAAGGGCUCCAAGAAGCCUUAUCUAAAGGAAUGUAUCUUAAUUAUCAAUCAUGACACUGGAGAAUGUCGACUAGAGAAACUUAGCAGUAACAUCACUGUGAAGAAAACCAGAGCUGAAGGAAGCAGUAAGGUUCAAUCUCGUAUUGAGCAGCAACAGCAGCAAAUGCGAAAUGCCAGUAAGACUCCAAACAAUGUUAAAAAUUCUCCACCAAAAGAAAAGAUGUCUCCAUCUUCUCCUAUGGACGACAUUGAGAGAGAGCUAAAGGCCGAGGCUAGCGUCAUGGACCAGAUGAGUAGCUCUGAUAGUUCGUCCGAAUCAAGAAGUUCAUCCUCCUCCUCAUCCAGCAGUGAAAAUAGUUCUAGUGAUUCAGAAGAUGAGGGGGCUAAGCCUUCUCUGCCUAUGUCAAUGCCAUACUUGCAGCCACAGCCUGCUAUGUCUGCCAUACCACAACAGGCCAUCCGUGACAUGGAUGCCAGUCAUAACAAAUCUCAAGAGAGUGGUGGCCAUAUGAUGAAUACACUAAGAAAUGACUUGCUGCUGAGUGAAUCUGGAAGUGACAGUGAUGACUGAACAAGAUUUUGGCCUUCAUAAAGAUGCAUCACCUCUCUUUGCUAAAGCUGUCAUAGCAUCUGUUUUGCACUAAGAUUAGAUUACCCAAGAUUGAAAUGAAUGUCCUCAAUUUUUGGAAAUAGAGACAUCUUAAUUUUCUACUGGCACAUCAGAUCUAUGGUACAGCAGCCCUGAUGUCUAAUCGCUGCUCUGGGUACUUGUUUGUCUCUUCCAAAUUACUGUAUUACAGUAUCGGUUCUUAUGAACGGAUUCUGAUUUUUGCCUCAACCACCUGUUGUACUUGAAACUGACUUAUAACAGCUAGUUACUUUAUAUAAUAGAUAUGGGAAUGGGGGAAUUUCUAGUAUUUAUGGAGGCAAGUUUCCCUCCUGUCCUUACAGAUAAUGCUGAUUUCAUAACUUUAUUUUAUUUUAUUUUUUUUGAGAGGGAGGGGAUGGAAGGAAGAACAGCUGAGAUCUGUCGUGUUAACUACAUUGUUGUUCUGUUCACAGUUCAUAACUUUAAGGAAACUGGUGAAUAAUAUGGUCCACUCUUGCAGUUACAGUUUACAACACAUCACUGAAUUUUUAGUUUAAUUGUAUUAUAGGACUUUUUAUAUUUCUGAGCCUUAUGUCUCUUAAGGGAACUUUUCCUUUUCCCUGCCUUUACUUGGACCAGCUGGAAUCCUUACAGCCUCUUCCUAUCUGUAUUUAGAUAACUACAAAGACAGCAAUGGCUUUCCUUCAUUUAAUUCUGUAACUGAAAUCAUAUAAUUCCUUUCUAGGAGUUUAAUACAAUUAAUUUAAUAAAGCAAUAUUAUUUAUAAUUUUAA